AUGGAGAAACCUACUGGUGUCAUUGUCUUCCUGUUCACGUUCAUUCUCUUUGCAGCAGCACAGAGAAAUGGCAGCAACAUUAUGGAAAAUCCCUUUCAUGUUGGAGUAAUCCUUGACCUGACCACCUUGGUCGGAAAAAUGGGGCAAACUAGCAUAUCGAUGGCGAUCGAUGACUUCUACUCCAUCAACAGCAACUACACCGCGAGACUGGUUCUCCACACCAAAGAUUCGGGUAACGAUGUGGUGCAGGCGGCUUCUGCAGCUUUGGAUCUUAUAGAGAAGAUAGAGGUGCAGGUCAUUAUAGGCCCUCAAAAAUCCUCACAAGCAGCACUGGUCUCUUAUGUCGGCAACAAAUCUCAUGUGCCUAUUAUCUCCUUCACGGCAACAAGUCCUUCCCUCUCAUCCGCCCUAACACCGUAUUUUGUACGGGCAGCAUUUGAUGAUGCUGUUCAGGUGGAUAGUAUAUCCUCCAUUAUCAGGGCUUAUGGAUGGAGGGAGGUUGUUCCUGUCUAUGAGGACUCCGAUUAUGGUAGGGGCAUCGUACCAUACCUCAUCGAUUCCCUUGAACAGGUUGACUGCCGUGUCCCCUACCGCAGUGUGAUUUCCUUAGUGGCAACUGAUGACCAAAUAAUUGAAGAACUCUACAAACUGAUGACCAUGCAAACCAGGGUCUUCAUCGUGCACAUGUCAGUUCCCAUGGGUUCUCGCCUCUUCAGGAAGGUCAAUGAGGCCGGUUUGAUGAGCCAAGGAUAUGCAUGGAUCAUGACCGAUGGACUAACAAGUCUUGUUGAGUCACUUGACCCAUCUAUCAUUGCAUCAAUGCAAGGUACAAUUGGUGUAAGACUAUAUGUUCCCAAGUCUAGAAAGCUCGAUCAUUUUGCCAGGAGAUGGAGGAGGAGGUUUCAGCAGGAGAACCCUGAUGAUCAGCCUGCUGAACCUGGGAUCUUUGCCUUGUGGGCUUAUGAUACAGUAUGGACUGUGGCGAUGGCAGCAGAAAAUGUUAAGGGCAUAAAUUCUAGCUUUCUGAAGCUAGCAAAUACCGGUAACUCAACAGGAUCAGACAGGUUGGGGGUGUCUAUUGCUGGUCCUCUACUGCUAAAAUUGAUAUCUGAAAGCAGAUUCAGAGGUAUAAGUGGGGAAUUUCUUUUUGCAGAUGGGCAGUUGCAGUCCUCCACAUUUCAGAUUAUCAAUGUGGUUGGUAAAGGAGGGAGAGAAAUUGGGUUCUGGACACCCCAGCAUGGAAUUGUAAAACAACUUAAAAAGAACAGAACUAAAGAGUAUUCAGCCUUGAUGACUGAUAUGAAUCCAGUGAUCUGGCCAGGAGAAUCAACUGUUGUUCCAAAGGGUUGGGAGAUGCCAUUAAGUGGGAAGAAGUUAAGGAUUGGUGUUCCUUUGUUGGAUGAAACUGAUGAAUUUGUGAAGGUGGAAAGGAAUCCCAUCACCAAUGCGAUCACGGUAAGUGGGUUCUGCAUUGAUGUCUUCGAAGCUGCAUUGCAGACAUUGCCUUAUGCUCUUCCACAUGAGUACAUCCCUUUCGAGAAUGAAAAAGGACUGUGUGCAGGGACAUACGAUGACCUUGUGGAUCAGGUCUAUUUCCAGAAAUAUGACUCUGUGGUAGGGGAUGUAACAAUUAGAGAAAACCGAUCUCGCUAUGUGGACUUUACAUUACCUUACACUGAAUCAGGCAUUGCAAUGCUGGUACCAGUCAAGGACAGCAUCAACAAGAAUGCAUGGAUAUUUUUGAAGCCACUGACCUUUGAUUUGUGGUUGGGGAGCUUGGCUGCUUUCUUCUACACUGGAUUUGUUGUGUGGGUGCUCGAACAUUGCAUCAACAUGGAGUUUAGGGAUCCAGUUAGCCAGCAGCUUGGGACAAUCUUCUACUUCUCUUUCUCGACGCUAGUUUUUGCCCACAGGGAGAAGUUGGAGAAUCUUCUGUCUAGAAUUGUGGUGAUUAUAUGGGUGUUUGUGGUGCUAAUUCUUACAUCCAGUCAUACCGCUAGUUUAACCUCAAUGCUUACAGUGCAACAGCUUCAGCCAACUGUCACUGACCUACAUGAGCUUCAAAAUAAUGGGGAGUAUGUAGGAUAUCCCGUCAAUUCCUUUGUGAAAGGCCUAUUGAUGCAACUCAACUUCGAUGAGAAAAGAAUGAGGGGCUAUUCUUACUCAGAUGAGUAUGUUGAGGCCCUGAAGAAAGGAAGCCACAGUGGUGGUGUUGCGGCCAUUGUCCAUGAAAUCCCAUAUAUCAAGCAAUUCCUUUCAAAGUACUGUAAAGGUUAUACAAUGGUUGGACCAAUUUACAAGACCGCGGGAUUUGGAUUUGUAUUCCCCAAAGGCUCUCCUGUGGUCCCUGACAUAUCAAGAGGAAUCCUAAAUGUAACUGAGGGUGACAGCAUGAUACAGAUCGAGAAGAAGUGGUUCGGGGGUCGGGAUUCUUGUCUAAAACAGGGUGACAUUGUUGGCUCUGGUAGCCUCGGCUUUAACAGCUUCUGGGGGUUAUUUCUUCUAAGUGGAGCCGUUUCGACUUGUGCCCUGGUGAUAUUUCUAGCAUCCUUUGUCUGCAAGAAUUGGCAUGAAAUGAGAGACAUCGAUCGUGAUAAGUCCAUUUCACAAAGGCUCAUAUCUUGGGUAAGAUACUACAACAAGAAAGAUUAUAGUGCCAACACUUUCAGGAAGGAUAACAGUGAAGACUCAGAACAAGAUGCCGACGGAACCUGCAGAAACUCAGGUGAAAUUCCAGCGACACUAGACGAUGAUCCUUCAAACGGUCGAAGAAGCAUAUCCAACCUUUCUGAUGUUUCCUGCCCUCCAGGAGAAAGCUCUUCUGCAGAGCUUGCAAGUCCAUGUUCGGAAGCCAGACCGAUCUCUAUUAUUGUAACCAACCGAAGGCAUUAAGAUCUACUAUUACCAAUAUUAAUACUGAAGCAAUCAAACAGGAAAUCUUGUAUUUUCCAUAUUCAAUCAGUCAUUUAGCCAAAAGUUCAACCAGAUUCCACCUGUGAACUAAUGGAAGGAAACAACAGUAUUAACAUUUACAGGGUUACACAGGAUAUUGACUAAUAUAUUAGUAAUCCGCAUCGUGUCAUGAUCCUAUAAGCAGUCUACAAGGCUCCCGUCGAUGAGGGAUCUCGGGUGGAUUAUAUAGGGUUCAAUUCUUGGCAUCAUCUUCUUUCAUAAAUAAGAUCUGGCAUUACCAACCACUGAUUUCUCCUAGCAUUGUGCAGCUGCAGUUGGCGCAUCCAAGAAUCCAAAAUUUCCACAAAAUGUGGAGAAGGAAUGAAAUCAUACUACUAGGAAAUCACUAUACCACUAAGGUUCAACCACAGAUGAGGUAGAAUGUCAUAAUGUCUAUCCAGAAGACUAAAAGCUAUAUGCAGAAGAUAAACAUCAUGUACUCAUAAUCUUGUUGCUAAUGAAAGCUUCAUACCGAAAUCAGAAACACCAGAAACCUACAUACAUCAAAUGUUUCAAUACAAGUGACUUAGGACAUGGAUACAUACUGAUAUUCUUGGGAAAUAUGUCAAGGAAUAAGAACAUAAUGAUACAUAAAGAUGUUGCAGGCUUAAAACUCAAAGAACAUGAGUGAUUAACUGCAGAAGAGGACCGAA